AUGGUGUCUACUCCAGACCUCGUCGUUGCCAAAACCGCGCUCACGGCCACGCUUAUACGCGCCGAUCCCAAUGCCUUGCACCGUGGCGAUGUUGCGCGGUUCCUCGAGUUGCUCGACAACACUCUCGACGAGUGCUCGCGUCCCAACGUCCAGAAAUGUAAGAACUGGAUCAUUGCCAACGUCGUGCCCUCGGGCCGCCGGGCCGCCACCUUGGGCAAGUAUCUCGUCGCCCUCUCGGAGAGCAUGGACAUCGACUUUGACCGACCGAGCGUCAUGAGACGAAGGCUGCACGUACUCUUCAUCGCCAGUGACGUGCUCCACCACGUCAUCACCCGUCAACGAAACGACGAACUCGCACGAUCCUGGGACUCGCAUUUGCCUGCCAUGGUGGCUACCGCAUCCACCUUUGAGAAAUGCCCCAAGCACUUGACAAAAGUGAGGAACCUCAUCUCUCUCUGGGAGGAGCGAGAGUAUCUGCAUGCUGCCUUCAUAACUCGACUCAGGGACUCGUUUGCGCAGGCGUCGGACAAGAAUUCGGGCACCCGCAUCCAGAUAUCUAAGGAGGCUCUCAAGCUCGCCAAGGAGGCCCCAUACACCAUGCCCUCCUCCCACGGUGACCCUUCGACGGCCUGGAACCAUCUGCCUGCCACGUCUUGGCUGGUGCAGCUGGCUCCAGAUUCGACCAGGCCUGUUCGUCGUGAUUAUCUACGCCCCUCGCAGCUCACACCCGGGCGCCUCCAGGAGGAUCUAAUCAAUCGCGUCAAGUCCGCACUCUCGGACGUCGAAGCUUUGUUCCAGGACGAGCAUGUACGGGAGAAAACUGGUGCCGAUUUCAAUCUGCUGGGUGAGGUGCAGAAGCAAGGCGACUCAGCCGACGAUGCUGCAAGCAUCGACACAUACUGGGGCUGGUCACGGCCACUCUGCCAUCGCACCAAACAGCGGCGCCGGACCGCAGCCAGCAAUCCCCCACCGGCUCGACGCUCACGCUCGGGAUCGAGAAGCCCGUCCCGCUUGAGCUCCGCGAACCGUUCCCGUCGCUCGCCGAAGCGGUUCAAGUACUCGUCACGCUCCCAGAGCCGCGACAAAAGCCGCAGCCCCGGACGUCGUAACAGCUCCAGCGGCCUUCACCACCGCGGCUCGUGCCGGGAUCGCCAGAGAACCAGCUCGCGACGCUCGUAUACCAACUCUAUGUCGCGUCCAUCCUCGCGCUCCUCCACGCGCUCCGGGUCUGGACCACCUUGCCACCGCCCGUCUCCUUCGCCUUCCUCUUACAACGAUAGCGACCGCCGGGGAGUUCAGCAGCCACCUAACCCCCAUGCUCCUCAUGGCUUUCCCGCCAUGCCCCAGGGCCCAGGAGGCUUCCCCGUCCCCCCGCCGCCCCCCCCUGUCGGCUACCAAGGCAUCUUCCCGCCGCCACCCCCUCCCCCUCCACAAGGCUGGAACCCCAAUCAGUCUGGCUUCGUGCCCCCUCCAAUUAUGGGAGGCGGAUGGGGCGCCGGUCCCGUGCCGCCGCCCCCGCCUCCUCAGUCAUCGCCAUACGACGCGCAGCAGCAGUACGGCGGGCGAGGCUCUGGUUGGUCUGGCGGCGGCGGUCGUGGAUACCGAGGCCGUGGACGAGGCGGCAACGGGCGCGGAGGCUACGGCUACGGCUAUGGCUACGGCGGCUACGGAUCGCGAUGA